CUCGGCGCCCAGGGCCCGCCCGGUGGACGUCGAGAUGCAAACUCGAUACAUCUACAACUCCCUGUCAGUCCGCUCACCAGAGAUGGAACUCCUCAAGGCAGCAGCCAGAGAGCAUUCAAUUGUCGCCGUCUUGGGCUUCUCCGAGCGGAGCCCCACCAACAGCGUCUACAUCUCCCAGGCCGUCAUCUCCCCCGAGGGCGAGGUUCUCACACACCGCCGGAAGCUCAAGCCAACGCACAUGGAGCGCACCAUCUUUGGCGACGGUUCUGGUGGCGACUUGAACAACGUCGCCGAGAUUGACUUCGGCGCCGAACACGGCAAGAUCAAGGUCGGAUGCCUCGCCUGCUGGGAGCACACGCAGCCGCUACUCAAGUACCACACCAUUUCUCAAGGCGAGGCCAUCCACAUCGCCAUGUGGCCGCCUCUUGCGCCCUCGGCUGGCGUGGAGGACCCUGGUCUGUGGAGCAUGUCCGCUGAGGGGUGUCAGAGCCUGUCGCAGACCUAUGCGAUUGAGAGCGCUGCGUACGUGCUGCACACUACUGCUGUGUGCAACCAAGAGAGCAUCGAGGCGCUCGGGACGUAGGAGGGGAUUGUGUGCCGCCAGCCGGGGGGCGGGCACAGUUGCGUCAUUGG